AUGGACAGCGAGUGGGAUACAUCCGGCGUCGACGAGUCGGCCCUCGAAGUGUCGACCCUGACCGGUUCUUCGAACGAUGAUGAAAGUGAAACGGACGACAGCGUCACACUCGUCGCAGUUGUGUGCUGCGUCCUGGCGUGCAUCAUCGCCAUAGCCAUCGUGCUAUUCCUAUUGGCAGGGCUGGACGAAUAUGACUCAGGUGACGACGAUGACAUGGAAUAUACGACCAGAUACCUUCCCGCUGGUCGUUCCGCGCCACGGCCAGUGGCCACGCCUACAACGUCAAGACCGGUAACAACGAGGCCCUCCCCUAUUACACGUACUAAGCCUACUACUACACCCGUCACCACGACUACGGUGAAAAAAGCGACUCCGCGACGUCCGCCACCUAAACGCCCUCCACCACCUCCUUCUCCGCCUCCUGCGACAACUAAACGCCGUCCACCACCUCCUCCGCCUCCUGCGACAACUAAACGCCGCCCACCACCUCCUUCGCCACGGCCAGUGGUUACUGAUCGCCCCACAACGAAAGCGCCACCAUCGCCUCCGGUGACAGCUCGCACUACACGGACUAGGUCACCCCCUACAACGUCAAGACCGGCAAAAACAAGGCCAUCUCCUAUUACACGUACUAAGCCUACUACUACACCUGUCACCACGACUACGGUGAAAAAAGCGACUCCGCGACGUCCGCCACCUAAACGCCCUCCACCUCCUUCUCUGCCUCCUGCGACAACUAAACGCCGUCCACCACCUCCUGCGACAACUAAACGCCGUCCACCACCUCCUCCUCCGCCUCCUCCGCCUCCUGCGACAACUAAACGCCGUCCACCACCUCCUCCUCCGCCUCCUCCGCCUCCUACGACAGCUAAACGCCGUCCACCACCUCCUCCGACAACUAAACGCCCUCCUCCACCUCCUCCCCCGCCUCAUCCGACAACUAGACGCCCUCCGCCACCUCCUCCGACAACUAAACGUCCUCCACCACCUACAACAACUAAACGCCGUCCACCACCUCCUCCGACAACUAAACGCCGUCCACCACCUCCUCCUCCACCUCCUCCGCCUCCUGCGACAACUAAACGCCGUCCACCACCUCCUCCGACAACUAAACGCCGUCCACCACCUCCUCCUCCACCUCCUCCGCCUCCUGCGACAACUAAACGCCGUCCACCACCUCCUCCUCCUCCUCCUCCGCCUCCUGCGACAACUAAACGCCGUCCACCACCUCCUCCUCCGCCUCCUCCGCCUCCUACGACAGCUAAACGCCGUCCACCACCUCCUCCUCCACCUCCUCCGCCUCCUGCAACAACUAAACGCCGUCCACCACCUCCUCCUCCGCCUCCUCCGCCUCCUACGACAGCUAAACGCCGUCCACCACCUCCUCCGACAACUAAACGCCCUCCUCCACCUCCUCCCCCGCCUCAUCCGACAACUAGACGCCCUCCGCCACCUCCUCCGACAACUAAACGUCCUCCACCACCUACAACAACUAAACGCCGUCCACCACCUCCUCCGACAACUAAACGCCGUCCACCACCUCCUCCUCCACCUCCUCCGCCUCCUGCGACAACUAAACGCCGUCCACCACCUCCUCCGACAACUAAACGCCGUCCACCACCUCCUCCUCCACCUCCUCCGCCUCCUGCGACAACUAAACGCCGUCCACCACCACCUCCGACAACUAAACGCCGUCCACCACCUCCUCCUCCUCCGCCUCCUGCGACAACUAAACGCCGUCCACCACCUCCUCCUCCGCCUCCUCCGCCUCCUACGACAGCUAAACGCCGUCCACCACCUCCUCCGACAACUAAACGCCGUCCACCACCUCCUCCUCCUCCGCCUCCUGCGACAACUAAACGCCGUCCACCACCUCCUCCUCCGCCUCCUCCGCCUCCUACGACAGCUAAACGCCGUCCACCACCUCCUCCUCCACCUCCUCCGCCUCCUGCAACAACUAAACGCCGUCCACCACCUCCUCCUCCGCCUCCUCCGCCUCCUACGACAGCUAAACGCCGUCCACCACCUCCUCCGACAACUAAACGCCCUCUUCCACCUCCUCCCCCGCCUCAUCCGACAACUAGACGCCCUCCGCCACCUCCUCCGACAACUAAACGUCCUCCACCACCUACAACAACUAAACGCCGUCCACCACCUCCUCCGACAACUAAACGCCGUCCACCACCUCCUCCUCCACCUCCUCCGCCUCCUGCGACAACUAAACGCCGUCCACCACCUCCUCCGACAACUAAACGCCGUCCACCACCUCCUCCUCCUCCGCCUCCUGCGACAACUAAACGCCGUCCACCACCUCCUCCUCCGCCUCCUACGACAGCUAAACGCCGUCCACCACCUCCUUCUCCACCUCCUCCGCCUCCUGCAACAACUAAACGCCGUCCACCACUUCCUCCUCCGCCUCCUCCGCCUCCUCCGCCUCCUACGACAGCUAAACGCCGUCCACCACCUCCUCCGACAACUAAACGCCCUCUUCCACCUCCUCCCCCGCCUCAUCCGACAACUAGACGCCCUCCGCCACCUCCUCCGACAACUAAACGUCCUCCACCACCUACAACAACUAAACGCCCUCCACCACCUCCUCCUCCACCUCCUCCGACAACUAGACGCCCUCCACCACCUCCUCCGACAACUAAACGUCCUCCACCACCUAGAACAACUAAACGCCCUCCACCGCCACCUCCUCCUCCUCCGCCUCCUCCGACAACUAAACGCCCUGCACCACCACCUCCGCCACCUCCUCCUCCUCCGCGAACUCGGCGAACUCGGCCUACUACGCCACCUCCGGUCCCAAAGGGAUUCAUAAAACCUAUUUCGCUUCUGUGCACCAUCGGUGACCGGUCAGGCAACCACACCGUCUAUCCGCAGGAUGGUCUGUGCGACUAUAUCAUCUUCGACUCGAUGUUCAAGAAUAAUCGCAACCGACUUGACCACGACUGGCACGAAGACUUACACAGCUUCCUUGUGAAAGCGAAGGAAUCCGAGGGCAGCAUUUCGCAGUUCGGUUUGGGCUUCAGCUUCCAUCAUCACAAGGAACUCGCACGCGAUCUGAAGAGCGGCGACAUCUUUCUUUACUUGGACUACAAAUUGUUUCACUACGGCGUAAUCGACUGUCCCACGCACGGCGUGACUGAGGCCCAAAUGGACGAGGUGUUCGUGACACUCCUGGUGCUAAAACGCGCACUCGGGAAUGUAGUACACCGCACGUCCGUCAUCCUGGCCGCGCAGUCCGCCACUAUCCAGUGGACCGACUACUUCAAAGCCAAGUUCAAGAACACCUUCAAGCCGGAUCUGUUCAUCUCGCUGGGCCACCAGAUGCGGGGUGAUUCAGAGAAGAGCCGGUGCAUCGCCACGCCGCCAGCCAUGCUGCAGAAGCCUACGGGGUUUCCGGAGGAGCACGACUUGCACGACGCCGCGCGAGCCAUGGCGGCCAUCGCUUUGCAGCCCGACGGACCAGCGAUCUCCAUCUCCGUCUCGUUGAAGGGUCGUUGGUUCAGGCUGAAGCCGAGCGCCAAGCCCGAGGUCUUCGCGCCCUGCCUCACGGGCGGCAUCAAGGGGGACCAAUACGGCGGCUACUGCAAUGUGGUCAGAACACCGCCCUACUCGGGCAACCUGUUGCACGAGGCGCAGCACUACGCCAUGCGCGCCUACGACCCGGUGAAGCGGCUCAUGUUCGUGUACGACAACGAGCAGAGCCUGUGCAAGAAGCUCUGCCUCAUCAAGGCCAACAACAGCAAGCUGAAGUUCGGCGUGGCCAUCUACGACCUGGACUACGACGACUUCCGCGACACCUGCUCGUCGCUCAACACUCACGGAGCCUACAGCCGCACCAAGGUUGUGAGCACUGUGCAGAGGUAUUUAGAGCACGAAUUCACCGAACCGUCCAAGGAGGCCGAGUGUUCCCAGCUAUGGCGAUGAGCCGUUUGAGACCCUGACUGAUAUAUUUAAUGACCGACGCUGCCGUGCCGGUUAUUAAACAGCUUACUCAUCUUGGCUUGGGUUAUUUGACCGACGCGGCUAUGAAUCGGGCCGUUUCCGAUUCGAUUGACAAGUGUCGGCUCCUGGUGGCUUUUGCUUCUUUUCGUUGUGUACUCUUGUGUACAACGCUUGGCAAUGUAUUGAGGUCUGCUUGGCAUGGGGGGCAAGGUACUUAGAGGUAAUUCGUUAAGUGACACGCUCACCGCUUAUUGGUUUUGCGUGGCCAUAAUUCAGUUGGUCGUCGGGGAAUAUUCUACGACCUCUGGGAGGGCGCAAAAGCGCGUUUCUGUGGGAAAGAAUUGUGGCGGACGUAACCGGCAUCGUCUGUAUCAGUUGCUAACAUUUGCACAGUAA